AUGGGAGAUGGUGCUGCAGUGACACCAUCUGCAACCAUGAUGGAAGCACCGCCACAAGAUGUAAAUUCAAUGGAUUUUGAUUACAUGAGUGAGCUUUUGUUAGAUGGUUGUUGGUUGGAGGCGUCUGCGGAUGGAUCUGAGUUCUUGCUGCAAAGUUCUCCUUUUUCGAAUCCAAUCUUUGACCCUUCGUACUCUUGGCCUGCCUUGGAGAACAACGAGCUGCCCCGCAUUGAGGAUCGGAAUGACUCACAAGAUGUUCCUGUUGGCACCGAACAAGAAAAUCGGAUUAUGGUUAAUAAUGUUGGUUGCAGUGACCGGCAACAGUGUGAGUUCGAGACUCAUUUGGGUGAAGGGGUUAGUAGGUUGUGGAUUCCACCGACCCCUAAUCAAGGACCUGGUGGAUUUUCCAUAACGGAGAAGCUGAUACGAGCUCUCAAGUGGAUCAAGGAUUUCAAUAGGAACAAAGAUAUGCUUAUACAAAUAUGGGUGCCGGUUAAUAGAGGGGAUGAUAGGCCGAUUCUGAGGGCUAAUGAUCUUCCUUUUUCACUUCAAUCAAGGUCUUUAAAUCUUGCAAAGUACCGAGAAAUCUCCGUGAGAUAUCAGUUUUCUGCGGAGGAGGAGGACUCGAAGGAGUUGGUGGCGGGUUUGCCUGGUCGAGUUUAUAGGGAUAAGAUUCCUGAGUGGACACCUGAUGUUCGAUUCUUCAGGAGUGAAGAGUAUCCGCGAGUUGACCAUGCUCAAGAGUGUGAUAUACACGGAACAUUAGCGGUUCCAGUCUUUGAACAAGGGAGCAGGACAUGUUUGGGUGUUAUUGAAGUGGUGAUGACUACCCAGCAGAGCAACUAUGGCCGUGAACUUGAGACUGUUUGCAAAGCGCUAGAGGUUGUUGAUCUCAGAAGCUUUGGACAUUCAAGCCUUCAGAAUGUGAAGGCAUGCGACAGGUCCUAUGAAACCGCACUACCCGAGAUUCAAGAGGUUUUGAGAUCUGCAUGUGAAAUGCACAAAUUACCUUUGGCUCAGACUUGGAUCUCUUGCAUCCAACAGGGAAAAGAUGGUUGCCGGCACUCUGAUGAUAAUUAUGCACACUGUAUAUCUCCAGUGGAAUAUGCUUGCUAUGUUGGCGAUUCCUCGGUCAGGUUUUUUCACGAGGCUUGCUUGGAGCAUCACUUGUUAAUAGGUCAAGGUGUUGCCGGGGGUGCUUUUAUGACAAACCAACCGUGCUUCUCGGCUGACAUUACUUCUUUAAGCAAAACCGAUUAUCCACUGUCUCAUCAUGCUAGGUUGUUUGGGUUGCGGGCGGCAGUUGCCAUACGACUCCGAAGCAUCUACAGUACUUUGGAUGACUAUGUUCUUGAGUUCUUCUUGCCUGUAGAUUGCAAUGACAGUGAAGAACAGAAAAAGAUGCUCACAUCAUUGUCCGUGAUUAUUCAAAGGGUUUGCCACAGCUUGCGAGUUAUAACCAAUAAGGAAUUGGAGAAAAAUAACUUAUCAGCUAAUGUAGUAACGGCUGCCGCUGAUAGUGGAUUUGCAAGGAAUGCAAUUAGGUCGGACCUCCAAAACAGGAGAACGACCGCCUCAUUGGGUAGUGAAGAAAUGUUUACUGAAACAAUGAGUAAAAAAUUCGCAGAACAAAGGCGGCAACAAGAAAAUCUUAUUUUAAAAGGAGAUACUGACGAUGGUAGGGAGUGUUCUCCUUCUGUUCAGGGUAACUUCUUGUCAAGUUUGGGCGUAAAUAGAACGGGAGAGAAAAGACGGGCCAAGGCGGAGAAAACUAUCACUCUUCAAGUCCUGAGGCAAUAUUUCGCUGGAAGUCUAAAAGAUGCUGCAAAGAAUAUUGGCGUCUGUACUACAACCCUGAAAAGGAUAUGCCGGCAACAUGGUAUUAAGCGUUGGCCUUCUCGGAAGAUAAAAAAGGUUGGUCACUCCUUGCAGAAACUUCAACUUGUCAUUGACUCGGUUCAAGGUGCCUCUGGUUCAUUCCAAAUUGAUUCCUUCUAUUCAAAGUUUUCGGAUCUAUCGUCUUCAAAUUUAUCAGGAACUACCCUGAUCUCAACUCUGAAUCAAAUCGAUAAUCCUGUCUCAUUAAACAUACAGCCUGAUCCCAACACGUUGAGUCCAGAAGGUGCGUCAAAAUCACCCUCGUCUUCAUGUAGCCAAAGCUCCUUUUCAAGCCAUUCCUGUUCCAGCAUGUCAGAGCAACAGCACCAUACAAGCAAUGUUGCUGCCGGUAUCAAAGAUCUAUCUGUCGGUGAAGAUUCCGUUGAUGUGUUGAAGAGAAUCCGCAGUGAAACAGAACUUAAAAACCUGAUUCAAGAUAAUAAAACAAAGCUGAUGCCAAGAUCACAAAGCCAGGAAACACUUGGUGAACACCCAAAAACCGAGUAUCUCCAAUCCUUAAUAAAAUCUACUCGCAAAGCCUCUCAAAAGGAGGAUGCUCACAGAGUAAAAGUUACAUUUGGAGACGAGAAAACCCGGUUUAGGUUGCCAAAGAACUGGAGUUAUGAAGAUCUUGUGCAGGAAGUUGCUAGGAGAUUUAAUGUAAGUGACAUGAGCAAAUUUGAUAUCAAAUAUUUAGACGAUGAUUACGAAUGGGUAUUACUAACUUGUGAUGCAGAUUUGGAGGAGUGCAUCGAUGUUUGUCAAUCUUCCGAGACUAGUACUAUCAAACUAUGUCUUCAACCCUCCAUUAAUUUUAUCAGGAGUUCUUUAGAAUUUAGAUAG